GCGGCGGCGGCGGCGGCGGCGGCCGGGCCGGUGCCUGCACUCGGUGUUUGCGGCGCCAUCGGCCCGAGUCGUGCCCGUUCCGUACGAAGCAGUGCUUCCGGUGCGGUCGGACGGGGCACAUCAGGGCCGUGUGCAGCAGGUGGACCCAGCAGCAGCUGCAUCAGCUGGAGGGCGACGUCGAGCCGGCCGUCGAUGUCGAGACUCUGGGGCACGAGCACGGCGGUGACGACCGGCGGGAAACCACCAGAGUUCCGGAGGAUGAGGUCUACUCCCUGUUUCAUCUGCAGACGGGGCUCGGGAAGCGACGACCUCCGCUGCUGGUGGACCUGACUCUGGAUGGACAGCCCGUGAAGAUGGAGGUCGACACGGGGGCCGCCGUCUCGGUUUGCUCUGUGGCAGACUUCGAUCGACUGUGGCCGGACCGUGGUCCUGUGCUGCAGCCCUGCUCGGUGCAGCUCAAGACGUACAGCGAGGAACCGAUCGCAGUCCUGGGCCAGGUGGAGGUCGACAUCGACUACGCGGGCCAGUCGGCCCGUCUUCCUCUCGUCGUGGUCGACGGAUCUGGCCCGUGCCUCUUCGGGAGGAACUGGCUGGAGUACAUUCGUCUGGACUGGCCGGCCAUCUGCCAGGUUCGUUCGCAGUCGCUCGACGGGCAGCAGACCCGCAGAGUGGACGACAUCUUACGGGAGUUUCCGGACGUCUUCAAGGAAGAACUGGGCUGCUACACCGGCGGAGAAGUCAGCAUCGACGUGGACCCGGGGGUGCAGCCGAGAUUCUUCAAGCCACGCACCGUUCCCCUGGCCUACCGGGAGGAGGUGGACGCCCAGCUGGAGAAGGGGAUCAAGGACGGCCUAUGGGAACCGGUCAGACACAGAGCCAACUCCCGUGCGAGAGACGGCUGCGAGUCCGGAGACUCCUGUGACGGAGGCGACGCAGCUGCCGGUCCGGUCGCCCGAGGCUGAGCCGCUCCCGGACGCCCCGGCAGAUCACUCAGCCGGUCACACAAGCUGCACCGAUGGUCUGGGGCGGGCUGGGGCGGCGGGCCCGAGCCCAGUGAGGGCAGCUGUGUCGCCCCGAUAUAGUCUCCGCGACAGGAGUGGUUUACAGAAGCCCAAUCGACUCAUGUAUCGUUGACAGUGUUUGUUGUCGUUUGUUGCUCGUCUGAUCGGUUUGCUUUUGUUAUCCGAGGUGGAGGAAUGUGAUAGGUUCACAUGUAGUUUGGCGGUUGGCGUAGUUUCUACUUGCUGGCCUGUGUACUACGUGGGGCGUAGCUACGUAUUUACGUUAUAUGGCGAGGCCCCGCUCCGUUAUACCACGUGACCGCCUGGAGGCAGCUGGCGGUCACGCUGGCUCUGCGCAGUCUCGAAUACACAGUUUGAACCGCA